CCAGUGGUUCCCGACUCGGCUAGGGGUUUAUGGAAAAAGAAAGUAAAUUUGUAGACCGUGGUAAUAUCUCAUUUCCGAACUCAUACUGUGUCAUCCCCGCGUAUCCCUUACAAUAUCGCCUCUCUGAAAACUGGUAGAGAGAGCAUUAUUUGUUACAAAUAGACUCUUCGUCUCCCAACCUAGUAAUCAGACAAGCAAGCGCACCAUGUCAACUUCAAGUGUUUCAUCUCAAGAUUCCAGCAUGACGGCCACCGAUGAUCCAUACAUUGGCGAGAACACGCGGCUGCUGCCAAAACCAGCGCAGGAUCGGAAGAGCUCCCCCCAGUACGCCACCGGUAACAAAAUAUUCGGCUUAUGGCAACUAGGAGCCCUUGUAGGCAUAUUGUUGGCAUACGCGGAUACAUCUCUUGUAUGGGCGACUCACGAGACGAUCGCAUCCCGGUUUGAUGCGCUACAAAACUCCUCAUGGAUGAUGACUGCCUUUACAAUAGGCUACUUUGUAACAUUGCCAAUGUACAAAAGAUUAUGCGACACUUUUGGCAAUCUUAAGGCUCUUCUGGUGGCUUACAGCACAUUUUGUGUUGGUAGCACUCUGUGUGGAAUUGGUCAAACAUAUUGGCAAGUUAUCCUCGGCAGGAUUAUCACUGGCUUCGGAGCCUCGGGGAUGGUCUCUUUGGCGUCCGUCAUCAUUGCGGAGAUCUCCGAGCCAGCCGAUGUCGCGGUUCUACGAAGCUAUGUCAACAUAGCCUCGACCAUUGGGCUUUCUGGCGGCGGUCCUCUCGGUGGCUAUCUUGCGCAAGCCAUCGGCUGGAGAUGGCUGUUUCUUGGACAGGUCCCCAUUGCAAUUGCAUGUGGUGCGCUCAUCGCAAGUGUUCUCUUGCCUAAACCACAAGAACGCGAGAAUGAACGACGACAAGAACUCGAAGAGGAAAACACACAGCACCUGGCAUUUGAUUUCCCCGGCGCUGUCACCUUGGCGAUAGCAACAGCAUCUCUUUUGGCGGCGUUCGAUUUACACAAUUCUCACUCAUGUGAAGACGCGAUUGUCUAUGCACUCCUGCUGGUCGGCGCGCUCUCCGCGAUCGCGUUUCUUUUGUUUGAGACGUUUCCAGGAAACAGGGAGCUGCUGAUGCCUUUGCGGCUCCUACGAACAGAGAUUGGUGCAUUUUGCGCUGGACAGUUGCUUAUAGUCGCCAGCGGCUACGGGUUUGUCUCCCAAAUACCGCCAUACUUUGCCAAUACACAGGGGGCCUCAGAUGCGGAGGGAGGCGAGCGAACCAUUCCCUUUAGCAUCGGUAAUGCUGUUGGUGCGCUGCUUGCUGGACAAGUGAUCAAAAGACUGGGAUAUUACAAAAGGCUCUCCAUCAUCUCCCUCUUCUUUUGCAUCGCCAACAUGCUGGUCAUUCUACUGCGAUGGUCCUAUUCUAUCGAUGCCUGGGGAUCGGUUCUCACCACGUUUCCAUUCGGGUUUUUCGGCGGAGUAAUCCUCUCAGCACAAUUUGUCGGCCUCUACCACCGCUCGUCCACAAACGAUAUAGUCACAGCCAUCAGUAUGUACUACAUGAGCCAGCAAGUCGGCAUUGCCUUGGGAAUCAGUUUCAGCUCGGGGCUCCUCAGACGUCAGCUCAAAAUCACCCUGUACAAAGUCAUGGCAGACAUUCCGGGAUCUACAGAGAUCAUAAAAAGCAUUUUAGAGGAUUCUUCGGCCCUUAUAGAAUUCCCAGAGAAUAUCCAGUUGCUCGCGCGACAGGCAUACCUCGGCAGCUUCUGGGUUGUACCGGUGCUAGCUCUUUCAGCCCAGCUACUGACGAUUCUACCCGUCAUUUCUACCAUCGAACAUGUGCUUGAUUUUUCCGCGAAGGGCAUUACGGUGAGCGCCGAGCACUGAGUGCCUCUUUGACUGUACUCCAAAAAGGGAACCCGGGUAUCCAACACCAGCUAUCCAGUAGCGGUAUUUAUAAUAGUACAAGUUUCGUGUUAUGUUUUUGUUUAAAGUUAUUAUAGGCUAUAGUUCUUAAAGUGUUGCUGGUCGGCCAAACAUCCGUCGCUUGUACGAGUUCCAGUCUGCUGGUCGGACUGCAAGACCUUAGAGCAAAGAAAAUAUAUUUUGACUAUUUUACUAAUACUUGAGGGAAUAUGUUGGUAAAGAUUAGCGAGUAGAAUACCAGAGACUCUAUUAUUGACUA